AUGCCGAACAAGGUCCGCCUCAACCCCGGGCACCACCCCAAGCGUUCCACCCCGCGGCGUCGAGCGAACCAGCAUGCGCCGCCGCCGUACGGCACCGAGCCCUUCGUUUCCACGCAGGCACCGCCGAUGCAAGCAGGAGUCUCGAUGCCCGCCGCACAUCCAUACCAGCCCACCAUGAUGCCCGCCGCCCACUACCCUCCGCAGCCUCACCCUCCUCCAACCCACCCGGCCCAUCCUCUUCACCAGCUGCAGACGCAGCCGUCGCACCAUCCGCACGCCCCGCCGCCGCCCCAGCAGCAGCAGCCCCAUCAGCCCCAGCAGCCCGACCCCGACGACCACCACGACCACCGCCGCCAGUCCCACCAGCAGCAGCAGCAUCAGCAUCCCAAUGCCCCGCCCGACCUCGACAUCCCCACCCCCCGCGAGGGCAGCACCUACGCCGACUUCGAGGCCCUGCGCUUCGCCGUCAACAGCUGGGCCCUGCGCGACAAGUUCCUGACGCGCAUCCACAAGAAGGACCAGACGCGUGCCAUCUACCAGUGCCGCCACUUCAUGCAGGGCUGCCCGUGGAAGCUGCGCGCCACCAUCAACAAGGACACGGGCGUGCUGACCGUCUCGUCGGUCGUCGCCAACCACACCUGCAGCCGCGACGUCUACGAGGAUGCCGACGGCAAGCCCAAGUACGCCAAGCGCGGCGUCCAGCACACCCAGCGCUGGGUCAAGGACGUCAUCCAGCGCGCCGGCUUCCAUGUCACCCUCGAGACGGAGCCGCGUGCCAUUGUCGACCUGAUUCGCGAGCGCUUUGGCGAGGAGAUCACCGACCGCCUCGCCGCCAAGUCGAAGCAGAGUCUUCUCGAGGCCCGCGGCGAGGCCAUACCCCGCCGCCCCAGCCACAAGCAGCCUGGGCCCGGCCCCAACAACAAUGACAUGGCCGACCGCCAACGCGACAUGCAGGUCGCCAUGGAGGAGUCGAGGCGUGCCGAUCGCAUGGUGCGCGAGCAGCAGGCCGCCCAGCAGCAGCAGAGCGUGUCAAUGCAGGCCGUGCAGCAGCAGCAGAACAUGGUGGCCCAUCAGCAGCAGCAGCAGCAGCACCAGCAGCAACAGCAGCAGCAACAACAACAACAACAACAACAGCAGCAGCAGCAAGCGCUGGCCUUUGAUCUUAACGGGCACGACAUGAACGGGGACCCGAUGCCGCCCGCCCCUACGCAGAACCAGAACGAACGUCCCUUUGUUUUUGAGAGCGGUGUGCGCGUUAUCGGGCCCGCGAGCCCGCCGCGCACGUCGCAGCGUCGCCAAACCAUGCCUGCCACCACAUCUCUCUCUGCUACUGACUACAACGCUUACAACACCUCAAACAACACCAAUGGCUUUGGCAACAUGGUCGGCAAUGCCGGCCCUGGUCCGUCCGCCUCGACGGCUUCGAGUACCACCGGCCGGGCGUCUGCGCUGCCUGUGUCUCCAGCCAUGGUCGAGCAACGGCCCUGCCCGAACUGCUCUGGCUCGGGCAUGGUGCGCGCCAACGCGGUGAACAACAGGACUGGCGGCGGCAAUGACGACGACAACGACGAACUGGCUCUGCUGCAAAAGCAGGUUGCGCUGAUAGGAAAACAGAUAGCGCUGAUGCAACGGCGUCGCGCUAAUGGUGCUGGUUGA